AUGCCGCCAAGAGACACACGCCGCCCCGGUAAGGCGGGCUCGUGGUACGAAGGAGACCCCAAGCUCCUUCGCUCCCAACUCGAGAGCUUCCUCUCCGACGUCCCGGACCAGGUCGACGGCGACGGGCUCCCCAUCCCCGGCGCUCGCGUCAUCAUCGCCCCACACGCCGGCUACACAUACUCCGGUGCCACGGCGGCAUGGGCAUACAAGGCCUUCGACCUGAGCAAGGCGAAGCGUGUCUUCCUCCUCGGGCCCUCGCACACGUUCUACCUCGCCGGCUGCGCCGUCACCGGGUACCCGAACUACGGCACGCCGUGGGGGAGCCUCAAGGUGGACCAGCAGAUCGUGGCCCACCUCCGCGACGAGCUCGACAUCCCCGAGAUCCCGGUAAUUAAUGACGACAAGGAGCACUCGCUGGAGAUGCACCUGCCCUACCUCUGGCUCCGGCUCGAGCAGACGUUCGGCUCGCCCGACAACUUCCCGCCAGUCAUACCCAUCCUGAUUGGCGAUAACAACAAGGCAGAGGAGAAGGAGGUAGGCAAAUGGUUGGCCGAGUACCUCAAAGACCCGGAGAACGCCUUCAUCGUGAGCUCCGACUUCUGCCACUGGGGCAGUCACUUUGAUUACAUGCACCGCUUCAAGUUCAUCCAGUACCAGCGCAGCAGCCUGGUGACGGGCCCGGGCGAUUCGAGCGUGAGCUACGUGUCGGCGUACGCCGUGGUAUGA